CCAGAAGUAGUACUUGGUGUUGGAACUUGGACUCAAAUAGUCGACAGGUUUUUGUAUUGUGCAAACUCUUCAAAGGAAACAGGUGGAAGUAAAACGAUUUCGGGUGAAAAUCUACCUGCACAUAGUCACUACGUAGAUUUAACUACAUCUGAAGCAGGUUGGCAUAAGCAUAGAUAUUGGGAUUGGACAGGAAUGAUAAAAGGUAAAGGAUAUGAUGUUAAAGACGAGGUUAAGUUUGCUAUAAAUUGUUACUGGGAUGACACUCAGGCAGGAGGAAGCCAUACACAUCGCGUUACAGGAUAUACGCAAACAACGGGACAAAGUAAAGAAUACAUGCCACCUUACAUGACAGUUUACGCAUGGUAUAGAAUUGCUUAG